AUGUUUAGAUUUCGAGUUGGGCCUGUGAAAGGCACCGAUAUAAAUUCGGCUGAGACCCUAGUGGAAGUUAUUUGCGCAAUAACUAGCGUCAAUGCGGGAUUAGGUUUUUUCAAAGUAGAGAGCUCAUCGGAUUUGAUAUUGGGGGCAGCUCUGAUAAAAGACUUUGAUUGCUUCAAGGUAAGGAACGGUUAUUCUUCCGCAUUCGUGGUUAUUCAUUCGUCAAAUCAAUUUUUAGCCUCAAGGCCGGUCUUUGGUAUUUUGUCCCCAGGAACUCAGCAUAAUAUUUGGACACUAUAUAAAUUGGCAGAUGGUGCUCGCAUAGGUGAGAGCAUGAUAAAGAUGCGUGGUGGCAAUCCUUUGGUAUCAGAGGCCCCAUCAUCAUCUUAUGAUUUCCCCAGAAUCAAAAAGAGCGGUUUGGCAAUCAAGAGUUCCAGUUGUCGCCUCUCUUUACGCAUGAGUCCUCCGAACAUCAAACUAUCAGCAAGUUUUAGUUCCCCUUCAAAACUUUCCCAAAUUGAUCCCCAUGCGUUCCUGGCAGAAAGGUAUUAUUCAACCCUUUACCAGCGCACAAUUCCCCUACAAUUUUUUGCCAAAACUGCCCUUCCAAGAGUCCAUGUGCUAUCCCACUCAAAUAUUCAUUUAGCUCGCGAGACGAUCUCUUCGUUUAUUAUUCGUUCAAUGACGAGCUUCAAUCAGCGGUUUGAGUUUUCCCGAUCAUCAUGUACAUCCUCAUUGAACCUACUAAACGAUGAUGAACUCAGCUAUCGUGUUGACUUUUUUCGUAAUUCCAGCGGCGAUUCUGAUGAACAAUUUCGAGCGUCAUUGGAAGAUCUCAAACUAAGAGAGGCCAAACUACAAGUAAUCCUUAACUUGGAACUGCUAAGGCUGCUGGAUGGCGGAAAGUACCAUCAAAAGCCAACAAUCAGGAAAUUGGGCGUUGUAUAUACAAAACGAUCUUUGGUGGGUCGCAAAAAAAGACUGAUACCGACGUUAAUUGGAACCGCGAUCCCUGUUCACGCAAGAUUUACGACGGACCUAAGAAAAUUUCAAGAUGACUCAAGCAAUGAACUUACUUCGGAUCUCCUAAUGACAAACAUCAACGCUUUGAUGGAUAAAUUAUGCGUUCACGAUGCGAUAAUUGGACUAUCAUCGAUUGAGGAUGAUUCAACCUAUAGGUUCUUAGUGAAUUCUGUUGCUCCAUUUUUUCAAAAGUCACAUCCAAAGCUAGUCAGAGAGCUACUAAAUAAAUCCAAAGGACCUUCAGUCUCUAAGAAAUCAAGAUACUCUCAUGAAGGGCAUUUGAAGACCAUUCACUCUCCACCGCCGAAACCCAAAAGCGCCAAUCGUUCGGACACAUCAAUUCUUGGUAACUCAUUAGAGUUUUCCGAUUUGAAGCUAAAACGUAAAGCAUCCAAUUUAGGAAUGACGCAAAACCUAUCAAAGAAGACAUUUGAUAUGAUCAAAAGUACUUCAAUCACUCAACAAUUGUCCACUUCGCAAACUGGAAUUGAAUCACAGCCUCUGUUGCAAACUGCAUCAAAUUCAAGUAAGACGCGCAUCAGCAGAAUAUCCACAUUCGAGAAGUCUGCAAUUUUCAGUCAUAGAAAACGACACAUACCUUCAAAACAUUAUGACAAUACGGAAGUGCAAACUAACUCGUAUACAGAGGUGGAAGCCACACCUGUGAAAAAACCACAUGCUUCCCUGGAAGUUUAUGCAUCUCCCUGUGACCUCAAGACAACUAUGAAUGAUAUCUCUCCAAUACACACUAACAAGAUUUCCGAUACUUACGUCAGUGGUACCCCCCUGAAAAUUAAUGCACAGGAAAACGAAAACAUCAUACAAACUAUUGAAAAUCUGUCCACAGCUUCACCCUCGAAAUGCGCUGAAACAUCAAGGGGCAUCUUUGCAAACGAAAUACGUGACAGCUUUGCACCAUGUCUAUUGCCCGAAUUAGGCCCUCCUCUGCCUCACUCAUUAACAAAACACAAAUCUAGCUUGCAACGCCAAUCAGAAAUCUCAAGUGCCAACGAGCACUGUACUACUAAAAGAAAGUUGACCUUCAGCUGA